UAGAGAGAGGAACUUCGUAUUAGAAAAUUGUAAUUAAUUCUUGAAUUUUGGGAAAAGGAAUUUAUUCAAACCUUUCUUGUUAACCAAGAAUUUUCUUUUUUACAUAAAAGAGCGAAAAGUGGAAGGAAAAAGAAAAUAGGAAAGGACAAGGAAAAAAAAGGAAAGAACCUCUUACCCUUGUUGCCGCCACCCCCUUGCUUAAUCUCGUUCGCCGGCGAUCACAGGCCACGAGCGGCGAGCCUCCGAACAGCGGCGUCGGCGGCUUACAGACUUCGGCCUUCGGCGACUCAUUUUUCGCAAACUCACCCACCAAUCUAACGUGCAACGUGAGCACGACUUCGAACGGCUUUUCCUACGCCAUUGCAGCAUUUUUCUCUCCGUUUUGAAAAGAUUCGACGUUGACCCACAUUCCGAUUGAACUCAAGUCAGUUUCCCAUAACCAACAAGUUCGGACGUUUUCGAACACCAGCCAGCAAGAAUCGCAGCCAUUUCGCUCUAGCGGCUUUAACGAUUCCAUACCUAUUGUCAAGGCCAGCCAGUUAAUCAUGGCUGCAAAAGUUCUUGCCCAUUUAAUUGUUUCGGGCUCUGUGAUAAUUGGGAGGGCCAUUGCUCAAGCCUACCAACAAGCCCUUCGAAAUGCUUCAAAGUCCGGUGUUGCUCAAGAAACUAUACAAAACACUGUUCGUAGAGCAAGCAAAGUGAUGACAGAGCAAGAAGCCAGGCAGAUUCUUGGCGUCACCGAAGAAAUGCCUUGGGAGGAAAUUGUGAAGAAAUAUGAUUCUUUGUUUGAAAGAAAUGCUCAAACUGGAAGCUUUUAUCUUCAGUCAAAAGUCCAUAGAGCCAAAGAACGAUUAGAAACUCUCUAUCAUAGCAAGGAUCAGGAUGUCCCUAGCUGAGUGUCCCGAGGAAUCUAUUAUGUUCUUCACAUUUUUACUGAUUUUGUAUAAUUUUUGUUUUAAUUUCAAUUUUGUUGAUGAUGUCUAACAUGAAUGAUGAAAUUGAUGUCGAACUCUUUACUCUUACAUAUCAUUUUUGUUCUAAUAAGUAAA